UUGUUCGCGAUUUAUUCAAACCCCGUCCGCUUCAACAAUCAACACUAGGCGUUUAAAGUAGCACCGCUGCAUUCUAAGAAAAAAACGCGGGUAAACAAAAAUUCAGUUUUAACGGCCAAAAAUGGUCGCCCCACAAUGUACACAUUUCUUUCUGAUUCUUGCCGAUUUUACAGUUUUCAAGGAGUGUAAUGAUCCAUCCUCCUUUUACCGGCCAUCAAAUUACAAACAUAGAAUUAUAGAAAAUUCCAAAAAGAAUUGAAGAAAAACUCCCGGAGGUUCGCCGGAAAAUCUAUAGAUCGUUUGGAUCUUGAUUCCGCAACUGUUUAUACAUACAGAAAAGGGAAAGAUCAGAUCGGAUCAGGAAUUUUCGAUAAUUCUGUGUUUCAUAUUUGAUGGCUAGUAGGGAAGAUGGAUCGCCUGAGAGCGCAAUAAGAAAAGGGAAAGAUCGCGGCGGCGGCGGCGAUCCGUCUGAAUCCCCGACAAAGCCCUCAUACGAGCAGUUUAAAAAGGUGCAAGGUUACCAGGUGGUGUCCAUGUCCACGGCGGAUCCUCCUUUGAAAGGCAAUAAUGUUCGGAGGCUUCGCUCCAUAUUCGAGGCUCGGAACCCUAGCGGGUCGCCCGUUUCUCGAUCCACGGUGUUGCCGUGGUCCCCGGUGAAAACCCCGCCCCGAUCCGGCAAAUCCUCCUUAUUGAGCUCCGAUCUAGUGGAUUCUCCAUGGCGGUUACCAGGGACCGAGGACAGAGUGGUAAUUUACUUCACGAGCCUCCGCGGAAUCCGGAGGACGUUCGAGGACUGUUACACGGCGCGGAUGAUCGUGAAGGGAUUCAGAGUGAAUUUAGACGAGAGAGACAUUUCAAUGGACAACGCGUACAAGAAGGAGCUGCAGAACGUGCUGGGCGAGAAGAAUCCGACCUUGCCGCAGAUCUUCAUCAAGGGGAAGCACAUCGGCGGCGCGGAAGUGAUCAGGCAAUUGAACGAAACAGGGGAGCUCGUUAGAUUGCUGAGAGGCCUGAUGACAAGGCCGCCCGGGUACGUGUGUCAAUGCUGCGGCGACGUGCGGUUCAUCCCUUGCUCCAAUUGCGACGGCAGCCGGAAACUGUUCGACGAGGACGAAGGGCAGCUCAGAAAAUGCCCCGAGUGCAACGAAAACGGCUUGGUUCGUUGUCCUAUUUGCUGCGACUCAUAAUAUAUAUGAUAUUAUUGUGAUUCAAUUGCAUGCAAUGCAUUAUAUUGUACUUGAAGCUCGGCCAGAAAGCCAAUUUUUUCCAAAUUGUCAAAUGUAUAACUCAAAGUAAUAAUACGAAGUGGUAUAGAUUGAGCUAUCCAUA